UGAAUUGGGUAUUCAUUAUUUUAUUAAAUCGAUCAGUGUUUUUGGUUUUAUUUACUAAUUGCGACUUUGGGUUUGUGAGUUCUUGGAUUUUCUUGAUUUGGAGACAAAUGAGUGGGGUGUUUCUAGGUGAGUCUCAUCGCAGGCCCCGUACUGGGACAAAGACGUUGAGGAGGUGCAAUGAUGGUGGAAGAAGUGAUCAUGUUGUUCUGAUUGAUGUUGAGACUGAAACUUUUAGUAAUGUUAUUUUUAUUGAUGUGCCUGAAUCGACACCCAAGAAGGUUCGAGGUAAGACAGCUGCAAAGAAAGACAAAAAACGGUCUCCUUUGAGGAACAUAAUCUUCAUCGAUGAUGACGAAAGCAAUGAGAAUGAAUAUCCUGAAUUUGGCGUAGAAGAUGACCGCCACUUCUUUCAUGACCCAUCCCCUAGCAUGAGACCAUGCUCAACCUCGAGAAGUGCUAAAGAACCUUUAGAUGAAAUUGGUGAUGAUUGUCAGUUUGUUGGAGAAAAUAUUCCUCCAGUGAAGUUAUCAAAAUGCAAAAGAACUUACUCUGGGAAAGCUCCUGUCCAAAAUCGCUAUGGUUUGACGUCUGAUACUGAGAGUAGUUCAUCUGAUGAUGAUGACUUCAUGGAAGAUUGUUCUGGAAAGCUUCGAGAGCAGUGGCAGAAAGCUUCGUUAAAGAGGAAAAAUGAUAACAUUGGUCAAUCUGGUGUUAGAGAUACCAAUGAUGCAUCCAGUGUUGGAAUUCAACCUAAGCCUGCUGAGAGGGAAGAGCAUCCAGCUUGUUCUGAAAAGGAAGUUCUAUCUCCUAAACCAACACACGAAUCACGUUGUACUUCUGGUACGGCUGAUGUCCAUGACGAUGGAGAUCCACAAACAGAGAACUUUGAAGAGGGUUAUCCCAGUAGACCCUGUGAAUAUCAACAGAAUCCUUUUAUAAAAAAACAUUCAGAACAAGGCAAAGAAGGGAGUAUUCCAGCUGCAGGACCUCGUUUAGAAAAUCCUGUUUCGUGUAGGGUAGCAGAGGAGGAACCUCGUCUUAGCAAGCACCAGCGUGAUGUUGAAACUGAAAAUGGUAGGAGUCAGCAUAUUUCUGCUGAUAAUGGUAAGAAGUGUCAGGAGACGGCUAAGAGUUAUAAUUUUCGUUUCUUCAAAGCAUCAAGACAUGGUACUAGUAAUUUCAAAGGGAAGGAGGAUUUAUUUUCUGAAGGAUUUCCAUGGUGGACUACCCGUCCCCGAUCAUCCGUUGAACACUAUCCAUACCCCGUUAGUCCUAGAGAGUCUUCUAUUUGCAGGAGAGCUUCAUCAGGCUCACGAAUCAGCAGCAAAAAAUGUGUCGAUCAGGAAAAUGGGAAAUGGAUUCCUGAUAGGACAUCAGAAGUAAGUGCAAAACAUAAUGAAACUCAACCUAGAAACAGAGGUUCCUUGGUGGAGGAGGAUCUUUCGGAAUCUGUAUCUAUGAGCCAACACAAGGAUGAAAGGCAUGAUGAUGUGAAUGGCCAAGAUGGUGAGAAUGUGAAGGAUCAUGUUGAGAACUGUAUUACGACCGAAAGAGAAAGGAUGAAGGAGACUUCCGAAUACAAAAAGGCACUAGAGGAAGAAUUGGCUUCUAGGCAAAGAACGUUAGCAAUUCAGGCAGAAGAAGCCAAGAAAAUGAAGCAGUUGCUGAAAAGAAAGAAGGCUGAAAAUAUGCGUCUAUUAGAAAUGGAGAAGAGACAAAAGCAGCGUGUGGAGGAAAUGAGAGAGACUCAAAAGAAGGACGUAGAGAAUAUGAACUUGAAGGAGCGGAUACGAGCCGAAGUUCGGAAGGAACUCAGUAAGCUUGAAAUGACAUGCCUUGAUAUGGCUUCGGUGUUGCGCGGAUUGGGGAUCAAUGUUGGUGAUGGCACUAAUCAUGAGGUGCGCGUUGCUUACAAGAAAGCCUUGCUGACAUUUCACCCGGAUAGAGCUUCACGAUCUGAUAUACGACAUCAAGUUGAAGCUGAGGAGAAAUUUAAGCUUAUUUCUCGAAUGAAGGACAAAUACUUACCAACUGUAUGACAGUGACAUAGGAGAUAAAUGUAGUUUAUUUUCAGGAAAAAGAUUAUCUUGUAGGUUUGGAAAUUUUUUGUACAGGCCUUGAAUGCUUGAGCUUUUUUCACCAUGUGGAAAGCUGCAUUCAAAUGCAGAAAGGUUCUUAUUUCCAGGUUUAGUUUUGUCAUUUCUUUAUGUUUUUGUUAAUGUAAUUUUCUUCUUUCAGGGUUGUGAGGUGGCUUUCAGGAAUUGCUCCACAAAAGCUGUAAAAAAUUUGUUAAAAAAUAUUUGUGACUAGGUAAUUAUAACUCUAGUUUACAAGCAAUAA